AAAUUCAGUUCUGCGACGGAAAUUGCAAAAAUCGAUGUCACUUUCAUUUAAUUUAAACAAAACAACAAAUAGGUGUUCCCAUAGAAAUAAGGAAGUGGUGCGAAAUAAUUAUGUGGUAUUUUGGCUAUUUGAUGCACACUUUGAUAAAAUAAAAUUUAAAUAUAUUUAUUGGAAAGUAACGGUAGAAACAGCAACACAUUUAACUGCCCAUUGGUGGACCUUAUGCCUUUUGUAAUAAGGUUUACCCUCGGACAGUUAACAGUGUGGGCGAUGGUAUGAACAACUAGAAUUUAAACUCGUUCAAAAAUAACAGAAAUGGCUCCACCGCGAGUGUUUCGCUCUUUGAAGAGAUGGUUUGACGACAGCGACGCCAAAUAUCCGCUGGAGUUCAACUAUGUCCGCCAACUGAUCUUCUUGCUAAGCUCCGUAGGGUCCUGGCCUCACAAUCAAUUUGGACGAGACCGACUACACUUCGUCAUGUCAAUAUACAACUUGAUUCUGAUCGGGGUGGCCAUAACCAUAUCCAGUGCGGCUUCGGCAUAUAUCUGGAUUAAUAGGGAGACUAUAUCUUUCUCUUUUAUGGGACAUGUCAUUUUGUGCAUUUUGCUGGAGACUUUGUAUUUGCAAAGAAUAAUAACGAGUCGAACGAAACAGUAUGGUGAGAUAGUAAAGGAUCUGCUGGACGAAUUUCACCUCUUUUAUUUCCAGAAUCGGUCGCAAUACGCUGCCAAGAUGUACAAACAGAUCCAGGUCAUCUCAAAGAUAUUCACGAUCUAUGUUAGUUGUCACAUAUUGUGUGGAAUCAGCUUGUUCGCAUUCAUGCCCUGGUACAACAACUAUAAAAGCGGAAUGUUCAGCGCUGACCCCCCGGCGAACAAAACCUUUGAACACGCUUUAUAUUUCUACUGCUUCACUGACAAGUUCUAUACAAACGUUAACUUCUAUUGGAUACUGUUCUUCUUCAACAUCCCCACCUCCUUCCACACCAGCAGCGGCAUCCUCACCUUCGAUCUUCUACUCAGCCUCACGGUGUUCCAAAUUUUGGGACAUCUUAAGAUUAUGAAACACGAUUUGUCAUGUAUACCUUCGACUGCUGAUAUUUACUCGCCAGAGGAGAACGUGCGAAUCAGAGAGACUUUGAAAGGGAUCAUCGAUCACCACAACAUAAUUAUAAAGUUUGUAGACAAGUGCUCGGAAGCGUUCAGCACGUAUCUCUUCAUGUUCUACAUGCUGAUGCAACUCCUCACCAUCGUGGUGACGUUGGAGGUGACUGCUUUCACUGCGGACGCUUUGGCCAAAUACGGGCCGCUGACGGUCGCUAUAUACCAACCGUUGAUUCAGAUAUCGAUACUUUUUGAGAUGAUAAGCACGCAAAGCGAGAAACUUAUUGACGCCAUAUACGACAUUCCGUGGGAGUGCAUGGACACGAGUAACCGCAGGACGGUGAUGUUCUUUCUGCUCCGUGCGCAAGAGCCGGUCACGCUGAAGGCCGCCAAGAUGGUGCCCGUCGGCGUGAUGACUAUGACCGCGGUCCUGAAGACGACAUUCUCCUAUUACAUGUUAUUGAACGCCAUAGCUGAAUCUGCUGAACAGUAGUCAAUAGUUGAGUCUACGGAUGUUUUGUCUGUGCUAGAUAGUGCAUGUAAAAGUAGUCACAAGACGAUCAAGCUCUCUUAUCUAACAGAUCUAUCUAUCGUAUCAUUUAUCAAAAAUCA